AUGGGCGCGAUCGUCGGCGGGUGCAUUCCUGCGGGGGUGUACACCGCGAGCAAUACUCCGACCGGCGCCGGCGUGGACGACGCGGUGCUGGAAGCCCGCAUGGACGCCCAGAAGCCAGGCAACUGCUGCACGCUCUUCUACACGAGCGGGACGACCGGCAACCCGAAGGCCGCCGUCGAAGCCACGGCCGUCCACUACGAGCGCACUGGGAUCGUCUUGAACGAGCACGGGAACACGGUGUCGUACUUGUCACUAUCUCACGUGGCCGCACAACUAUUUGACAUGUACUUGCCGCUGGCGCGAGGUAUGGCCAUCUACUUUGCCCAGCCUGAUGCACUCAAGGGUGGUCUCGGCACGACGCUGAAGGAAGCACGGCCGACGCUGUUCUUUGCUGUCCCUCGUGUGUGGGAGAAAAUGAUGGAGAAGAUGAUCUCGAUCGGGCGAGGCACGACGGGGUUGAAGAAGCGCCUUGUCACGUGGGCCAAGAGCGUCGGUGCUGCCAAGCAUGACGCAGCCAGUACGGCAAAGGCGGCGGCACCCCAUAAAGGUACGCCAUUGCACACCACUUGGUGCUGUCCAAGGUUCGCGGGGCGCUCGGGUUCGAUCGGUGCCAAGGCAUGCUGUCGGCAGCGGCACCGAUCAGAGUGGAAACCGUGA